UUUCUUCCGGUCCACAGACAUACCGAGUACUUAAUCUGACUUGGAUCCAGGCUACUGAGGCCCAAAAUCACACCGUCUUCCGGCUACGAAUACUCUGUCGUGUGGAAACAGAAGAUAAAUCAUCCUGUCGCCGUUUAGACUUGCUUCAAAAUCCCUUCGCUAAAGUCGGCGGCCAAUCACCCGCAUUGUAUUUUUUCUACUUAUCAAAGUGUCCUUCAAAAGUACUACACUGUUGAGCUGCACAAAGAUGGCUCCCACUGUAGUCAAUGGCGAUGGUGUCAACGGAGUCACGCAAGUGAAUGGACACAGUACUGGUACGCAAUUGAAAGCGACUGCUCCAGCUUUUCAUCCAGCCGGUACACCAGAUCGAUCAAAGUACCACGCUUCUUCAUCAGAUGAGGCUAUCCACGCCGAACAUGAAUACGCCGCCCAUAACUACCAUCCACUACCUGUCGUUUUUGCCAGAGCGCUCGGAACUACGGUAUGGGAUCCCGAAGGUCGGCAGUAUCUCGACUUCCUCUCAGCAUACUCUGCGGUCAACCAAGGACAUUGCCACCCGGAACUGGUCAAGGCUCUUGUUGAGCAAGCGUCGACGCUCACAUUGAGCUCCAGAGCCUUCUACAACGAUGUUUUCCCCCGUUUCGCAGAGUUUGUCACCAAGUACUUCAACUUUGACAUGGUCUUGCCCAUGAACACUGGUGCGGAAGCCGUCGAGACCGCCAUCAAGAUUGCCCGAAAAUGGGGCUACAAGUGCAAAGGCAUUCCACAGGACGAAGCUCUUGUUCUCAGUGUCGCCGAGAAUUUCCACGGACGAACUUUCUCAGCCAUAUCCAUGUCCACAGAUCCCGAGUCGCGUGACAACUACGGUCCGUAUCUACCUGGCGUUGGAAGCGUCAACCCAGCUACGGGCAAGAUAAUACCCUACAACGACAUCUCCGCUGUCCGAGAAGCCUUCGAGUCAAGCGGUGACAAGAUCGCUGGUUUUCUGGUAGAGCCAAUUCAAGGUGAAGCUGGUAUCGUCGUGCCUAGCGACAACUACCUGUCUGAAGUCAGAGCUCUGUGUGAUAAGCACAACGUUCUUUUGAUUUGUGAUGAAAUUCAAACUGGUAUCGCCCGGACCGGCAAGCUUCUGUGCCACGAGUGGGCUGGCAUCAAGCCAGACAUGGUUCUCCUCGGUAAAGCAAUUUCAGGAGGCAUGUACCCCGUGUCGUGCGUGCUCGGACGCAAGGAUGUAAUGCUCACCAUUGAACCUGGCACGCACGGUUCGACGUAUGGUGGCAACCCACUUGGUUGUGCUGUUGCCAUUCGUGCGCUUGAGGUUGUUCGAGAGGAAAAGAUGAUUGAACGUGCCGAGAAGUUGGGUCAGAUCUUCCGCGAUGGUCUAAGAGACCUACAAUCGCCUCUGAUCACAACUAUUCGAGGAAAAGGUCUGCUAAACGCAAUUGUCAUUGACGAAGAAAAGACAAAUGGACACAGUGCCUGGGAUCUGUGUAUGCUGAUGAAGGAGAAAGGUCUCUUGGCCAAACCAACACAUCAGAACAUUAUCCGUCUCGCACCACCAUUGGUCAUCACCGAAGAUGAGAUCAAGCGGGCUCUGGCUAUUAUCGGUGAAGCUGUCGUUGAAUUACCACACCUUCAAGGCCAACUGGAGAAGAGCAUCAUCCCACCCGAAGAGAAGAAUGUGAAGAUUGGGGUGGACAACUAAUUUGCCCAAGACGAAAGAAACCUCGACCCAGCGAAACGGCAACACGAGCGAUGAUUACAUCCCCUCAUAUGACAUGUAUCGGCGUCACGAAGUUUAUGUUUCUCUAUCAUCAUAAAAAGGACGGUGACGGCGGGUUUCAAUCUUUCACCUUUUAGCGCUGAUAGCGCUGGAUUGCCACAAACUCUGAUGGUUUAAAAUGAUUGGCGGCCAGGUCGUUUGAAAAGUCCACAGUCACGAAAAUGGAAGGAAUGUCAAAUUGCUGAAGAUCAUAUUGUCCGUACACCAGUAUCGCUACAGGACUGUUGUUGAUCUCCGCAGAAAUUGAUUGAAUGCGGCCGGGAUUGGAGGAAAUGGGUUACUUUAGUGCCAUACAUCACGAUCAAUAUGCUCCCGGUUUCAGUUCUACGUUCGAAAAACAGAAAUGGUCCCGUCAUCUGGACAACGAUUAUCAACGUGUUGCAUUUUCCCUCUUCCUCGUCGGCUUUUCAAGCAUGUACCCAAUGUUCUUGAGAUCUUCCGCACUGGCUUUGACUCGGUCUGGUGAAACUUGGUAGUGAUCCAGCCUCUGCCCAUCAUGGGAAUUUGGUGCGUCCAUACAACGAGACCGAUUCUUUUGAUGCUUUUUGGUUUCUGCAGCCCAGCUCACUGUCUCACUGAUGCCGUAUCCAAAAUCCGUCGAGCAACGAGUUUUUGGGUCCUUCGCAUGCUUGGGAGUUGUCGAUUCCAGACUCUCCAACCGCUCAUCUUCAAUCUCCCGCAAAACAUUCCAAGGUUGUUGCUUUCUGUUCUCGUUCAACCACUUGUCGAAAGCGAAUGUCGAGCAGGGGCCAUGGUAAUGGUGGUGGUGACCAGAUCCACGGGCGUCUUUGAUACUCAUGCCGUGUGUGGCAUGCUUUCCCGUUUGAAGACUAUCUUGCAGUUGCGAUUGGCUUUCCUCCAUUCUAUCCUCCUGCUUCAACAUCGACAUAUCUAUUUCUAUCUUUUCCUUUUCCUCGGGAGAGAGUGAGAGGGAUUUGUGUGCGAAUGCAACUCAAGAAGAAAUUUGGUAUCUUUCUCAUCUUACCUGUUUUCUCCCGAUCUUUAUACUUCUGUUGAGGACCGGCAAGCUCACUCCUCGACCCCAGGCAGUACAGUGCAGUGACGUUUUCCACUGGUACAUAUAUGCGGCCUCACUGACUUCUUUAAGCUAUGUUUCUGCUACAUUCACAAUUGAGAGGUUGACAAUGUCGGCCCCCCAUGCGUGAGCAAGAUUAAUCUCGAUUUCUAGAACGACAGGGGUACGUCUGUCGGGCCCGAUCAAUUAGCUGGCAGCUUGCAAGGGGUCGAUCAACCUCAGCCUGAUCCUGGGCGUGCACCUCAAGCCAAGCGAGCAUGCCAGACCGCUACUAGUAGCAACGAAGGUAUUGCCUACAUAUGCAGCAUCCCAUUUGGGGCCACCAAUAAAGAGCAGGCUGUUCUGAUUAGUGUGUAGCCAGCGGAACCGCAAGUUAUCACAUAUCUACCGCCUUGACCAGGUGUUCUUGGAGCAAAACUGCCCAAUUUUUGCACAACGCUCUUCCGGCCCUGGGAGAUGAGCUUGCGCAUUUGCAACCUUUCCAGUGAGAUGCACUUCGGACUGAGUGCCUCCUGCAUGAUGCCACAGACUCGGGCUAUGUGGUUUCAGGCAAGUGUCUCAAGAAACCACUGGCAAUUCUCUCCUCCCGCCUAUUUUCUGUACUCUCUGUUGCAGCAAACCAAGUCUUAGCUAUGAAUGUCAAUCUAGGUCAUGCACGGGCGACAGCCGUUAUAAGGACUACGAACGCUCAGCAGAUCUUCAAAGGGAACAGACAACAGCCGCUAUUGCUGACCAAGAGUCCGAUCACGACACUGCAUGGGACGUCCAACAUCUUCACGCCUGCGUGGAAAUCCUUCCCGAUUUUCUGCAGAACGUCACCGCCGCUGUGGGCCAUGAGCAGUUCGAUAAAUGGUCCAGUGCACCUACACCAAGCCCAAUCGUGACAGACGACUUGACACUCGAGCAAAUGUUCGACCUCCUGGACUCGUCUCUGCCCUUGCCAAUAGCUCCUUUGUCUCAGGUUGUCAAAUGCCCGUCCUGCGAUUACCAGUGCGCUUCGGAGGGGCCUUCGUUCAAGUGAGUGGGAGAUCCAUUCGCAUCACAUGGCUGAAGCAUUAAUACUCUCUCAGAAGGCACCUGGCCAAACACAAACAGUACAGAUGUGAAAUUGAUGGCUGUGGAAAGUCUAUGCAGGAUGACAAGCGUACCAUCAAGCGUCACGAGCAAACGGUGCAUAGAGACUUGUUCCCAGACGUACAAGCGUUCUUGUGUGAAUGCGGGAAGUCAUAUUCUCGCAAAGACCAUCUCAGGAGGCAUCAAAGAAAAUGUUCGCAGGAUGGGACAAUGUCGGCUACAAAUUGAGACUUCAUUUUGGUUGGAUGGAGUAUGAAGUAGAGGAGGAAGGUUAGACUUAUACUGCGCAUACCGGACCGGAUACAGUACUGUCUGUUGGAUACAUAUAUGCACUUGGAGGUGUGGACCAUACAGUGCCAACUAUGAUGUUCCAAGUAUUUCUGAAGCAUGCCACAGCAUGACUCCGGGGCAAGUGACGUACCAGUGGCUAGCGAUUGGACCAAUAGAAAUUGC